UUAUAACCGAUCAUUCAGGGCAACACACAUGUAACAAUGUAAUGUGACAGGUAGUCGAAUGCUUUCUUGAUCAUGCAGUUCCCUGCGCCCGACCUGUUUUCUUCUCAUCGACUGCUUCUAAUAACAGACCAGCUUCCAGCUCCAGCCGACUUUUUACUGCAUCGAUUCCUUCACUUGCACCUGAGGCAAAGCAAAACCGCGAAAUGUUUUGUUCUCGCUGUAUCCGAAAGCCUCGAGCGCUGGAAAUCAGUAGCUUCAAAGGCUAACGCCAAUGUGACCCACAGCGAAUCCUUUCAAUUCAUAGAUGUCUUCGACCAGCACCUACCAGCACAAAAUCGUGGAGAGGAGCCUUUGAAUGUUAUCUCUCUAAAGUACAUCUACGAUCUACUAUCAGCCAAAUUGUCAGACUCCCAAACCCAUGGCCAAAUCCCACUCGUAAUCCUGGAUGACAUCACAUCGCUCGAAUGGCUCGGGGUUUCGCUGCUUGACCUGUCCCGGUUUGCUCGUGCUCUGAGAGCCCUCUGUGUCAAGAUGGACGCAAUGUUAGUCGUCAGACACCACAUCGUCACUCCACCAGAGCCAGAUGCACUCUUGCAGCACUUGCUUCAACUAUGCACCUAUCACAUCGAGGUCAGGCCUUUAGCUAGCGGGCGAAGCGGUGCAGUGAGCGGAGAGAUAUGUGUGCACCUAGGGCCUAGCACGAAAGAUGCGAAUGAACAUGUCAUAUCUCGUACGUCGGCGCUGCAAUAUCGUUUGACGGAGUCAAGUGCUGUGUUCUUCGACAAGGGUACCAGUACAGGAGUUCUGUAAACGUUGUGGAGAUGGACGUCAGAACAUGAGGAUAUGCGCGAUUAACCAGAUCGCAAAAUACUUGUCGAAGCUGUGGAGACAAAGAGGCGGUGUGCGUAAGCACCUCUCAGAAUG